AUGACGUCUCUGCAGACAAGGACAGAUGGGAAGGAACAUCAGCUGACUGAGGAAAGCAGCGACUUUCUCCAAAACGUCAGCGUGACCGAAGGUGCGAAGGAAGUUGCCGAAAUGGACCACAUCUCAGACAGACCAGAUGAAAAAGACAAACUUUCUGAGAACCUACAGACCGAUGUCCUUUACAAGACGGACACUAAGAAAUGGGAUGGGUUGGAAGAGGAGUCCCAGCAUGGCCAGGACCCACCAAGCAAACAGGAUGAGCGAGAAGUAACUCCGGUUUGCGAGGUCCCACAAGCGUCUCCGCAGCCACUGUUGGACGAGAGCACCCCGAUCCCGGACAGCUUGGUGGUCAAGCUGAACUACUGGCAUGAGAAGAUGGGUCUACAGAUGAAAGAACUUGGAACCCACCACGUUGACUGGUUGGAGAGAAUCAACAACAUUAUACAGAACAUAAAUAGUACAGAAAGCACUGUGAAGAGCUUGCUAACUGAGGUUAUAUCCCUGGAAAACCAGUCUAAAAAUCUGGAGGACCCUGAUCAGGAGGCAGACAUUGAGGAGAAAAUCGUAGAAAUUAGACGGCAAUUAAAGGAAGUGAACAUAAAGUUGAACCAGGUUGAUGCUUGCAAAGAAGCCCGUGAACUAAAGGAGAAGCUCGUGGAACGGAUAGAGAGCUUUCAUAAGGAAAUAAGUGUCUUGAACACUAAGCUGGAGAUGCACUACAAGCAAGGGUCAGAGACAGAUUCCUACAGCUCUGAAGACGUGGCCACGGAGCAUGAAGAACCCUUGAUUCUCGAGGCUUCUCCAAGCCCGUCAAGGUCACCCUCUCCUCCCUGCAGUGCAGUGUGGAAGCACGCAGUGAAGCUGCUCGUCAUGGUCUACGUAGUCACCAUCACUGGACUGUCGUGCUACAUACUGUUUGUGGACGCCACCUUCCUCUUCGAAAGGGUGCUGCCCAGCGUGCUGGGGCACCGUACCAUGUGGGAUCUUCGAGAGAUGAUGGCGCCUUUCUUGAAUUUGGAAGCGGAAGACUUGUUACCGUCCUAA